AUUUCAAGAUUGUUUUUUUGGUUUGCGAUUUUAAAAGGCUUUCUUAAAUCUGAAAAACUAAACAUGAUAGAAACCAUACAGAGUCAGACUCAAUUAAUUGUGGUGUCAAUUCGGUUAUGUUCCUUAUCUUUCCUUUUGAUUCGAUUUUGUAACAAUUUGGUCCGAUUGUGGAUCUAACUGGCUCGUACCCAUCUUUGAUAAAGAACACAAGAUGCCAAAUCAUGGAGAGGUUUCUCUAAUUGGUUGCAAUGACAUAAGAAAGCAACAAAAAAAAAAAAAAGAAGCUUCUAGAUCAUGAGUAACCUGCUGGCUACCUUAGUUGCCAAGUAAAGCUUGUAAUGAUGGUACCAACUCUUGAACAAACAAGAUUAUGCUUCAAGGGAAAUACUACAUUUACUAUAGUUUCCCACUGUGAUUAACACUUAAUCCUGUGCAUCCACUUCAUUAUCAUAGCUCAAAUUGACCAUACUGUCCACCCUAAAACAUGUCACAUGAACCUGACUCCAAAGGACAAUCAAGUCAUUUUACAUGAUGCUUGUGAAGCUAGCUAGCUCAUGUUUUCUCAAUUUCACACAGGCAGAGUCAAUCAUUCUACUGUCACAACCCUGAAUUUGGUAACUAUAUAAGGUCUCCAUAUGAGAAGCUGAAUGCUCAAGAGCUAGGAGACCAGCAAACGGCAUUAUUAAUAAUGGAGAACUACAGAGCAAUCUUCUUCACGGUGUUGUCUUUGGUCUGUUUUGUUGGGAAGCAAGCUUCAGCAGCUCAACAUGCUGUUGGAGGAAGCCAAGGCUGGGAUGAAUCCACAGAUUUCAGCUCAUGGGCCUCAGCCCAGAAGUUCAAAGUUGGUGACCAACUUGUGUUCAAGUAUAGCUCAGGGCUGCACAGCGUGGUGGAGCUAGGGAGCGAGUCGGCCUACAAGAGCUGCGACCUUGGCUCUUCAUUGGACUCCAUGAGCACAGGCAACGAUGUGGUGAAGCUGGGCAAACCCGGGACACGGUUUUUCGCUUGCGGGACAGCAGGGCAUUGUGGUCAAGGGAUGAAGGUGAAGAUCACGGUCGAGUCUGGCAGUGCAGCGUCCACUCCGGCAUCACCUUCAACUUCGUCUUCAUCAUCGUCCUCGUCCUCGUCUUCUGAUGCUGUUCAGUCUGUUGUUGGAUCCAUGGCUUUGCUUGUGGGAGUUCUGAGCUUGAGCUUGUUGAUGCCUCAACUGGUUUGAGAAUUGAAGCUAGUGUAUAUUUUUGUACUAUGUUCUUUUUAUGCUUUAUGUUUAUGGAGGAGAAUUAAAUUCUGGUUAGUAACUGAGGAAAUGUGGGUAUGGUAUAUUUUGGAUUUGUUUCAUUUUUAAUUUUAUAUUCUUUUUUAAGGAUGGUUUUGUAUUAAUUUUACUUUGUAAUAAACUAAGUGCAGACUAUAUAAUGGAAAGAUUCCAAUUUCCUCUUUACUAAAGUUCAUAGGUCUUU